CAUGGAUGAGUUGGCUUCUGCAACAAAUAACUUUUCCGAUUCCAAUAAACUAGGAGAAGGGGGUUUCGGACCUGUUUAUAAGGGAACAUUAACAGAUGGACAAGAAAUAGCUGUCAAGAGGCUCUCUAAGAAUUCAAGACAAGGACUUGAGGAGUUCAAAAAUGAAGUCCAACAUAUUGUGAAACUUCAGCACCGGAAUCUAGUGAGGCUUCUUGGAUGCUGUAUUCAAAGUGAUGAAACGAUGCUGGUCUACAAGUUCUUGCCUAACAAAAGCUUGGACUUCUAUAUUUUUGAUGAGACACAUAGCUUGCUACUAGAUUGGCCUAAACGCUACAACAUCAUCAACGGGAUUGCUCGAGGACUCCUUUAUCUUCACCAAGAUUCGAGACUAAGAAUAAUCCACAGAGAUCUGAAAACCAGCAAUAUUUUGUUGGAUUACGAAAUGAAUCCAAAAAUCUCAGACUUUGGCCUGGCUAGAAGUUUUGGAGAAAAUGAAACUGAAGCCAAUACUAAUAAAGUGGCUGGAACGUAUGGUUACAUAUCUCCAGAGUACGCAAAUUAUGGACUCUACUCGCUAAAAUCAGACGUCUUCAGCUUUGGAGUAUUGGUGCUAGAGAUAAAAAAUUUCUGUCGUUUUCAUUUUGUAUAG